CUCUUUGUUCUCACCCAACCCACCACACCCCAAAACAGUUUUUUUUUUUUUUUUCAAUUUCAUUUCUUUCUUCUUCUUCGUCCUUCCCAGAUGAGCCAAUUGUACCACUUGAAAUUCCCUUUCUACCCUUUCCUUCUCCACCACCGCUUUCCCCACGCGCCGUCGCUCCUGCCGUCGAAUCUAUGUAUAGCAAGAUUCCGAUUAUAGGGUUUCUUUGCUCUGGAUUGAUCCUCGGAGCUGGAUAAAUGCUGCUGUUCCCGGGAAUUCUAGGGUUCCAUGCCCUCCUCUUCUUCUCUGUCUUGCUCGCCUUUUCUUUAAUUCGGCGCAAGUGGAGGAAUGCCGCCGCUAAGGAGGAGGAGGUGUUGCGCCUUCUCGCUAUGGCGUCGGAGGAGUCCGCCAUGGCUGAGGUCGAAGCUAGAGCUUUCUGCGAUCCAGUUGUUGUUUCUAUGCCUCAUCAAUGCGUUGUCUGUUAUUGUCCUACCACCAUGCGAUGCUCUCAGUGCAAGUCUGUCAGAUACUGUUCUGGUAAGUGUCAAAUCAUUCAUUGGAGACAAGGUCACAAGGAUGAGUGUCGUCCCCCAAUUUCUGUAAUGCAUUUCGAAGAUAAGAGUGACCUUUGUGGGGAACUUGACUCUUUUCAUGGAACUGAAACUGGCCACGCUGCUUGUGCUGAUGGUGAACCCUUAAUUAAUAUUUCUGAUUCUGUAACUUAUGACAGAGUGGAGAAACCUCUUUUUAAUAGUAAUAGCUCUGAUCUCCUUGGCACUAAUGACAAAGUUAAAGAUAUGGAUGUUACAAAUUCAUCUCGCUCAAGUUCUGUUAGCUCGGCAACUUCUGCUGAUUCCAUAUCAUGCACAAACAAAGUAAGUAAGAUGGAUUCUAGUCGUGGUGAUGGGAAGAUGAAGUCUUCUUUGCAACUAAACAAAGAUAAGACAGCUAAACAUGAAAAUGUUCAGCCUGCAAUUAAUUUAAGCAGUAAGAAGCUGACAGAGGGAACCCCUUCAGUAGAAAAGUUAACUAAAGAUACUGCUAAGUCUAGGAGAUCAGUAUCUAAAGAUACUGACCAUUCUUUGUCAUCAGUUGCUUCUGCUGGUCAUCCAUCUUCAAGCACUGGUGAGCAUUUUGCUUCCAAUUCUAUAUCCACAAAGGGUGACGGUUUUCAUGCUCUGCCAGUUAAAAGUACCAGUUUCCCAACUUCACCACAAAAUGCUCGUACUGGUUUGAAAAGUUCCAUGCUGAAAGUUGUACAGCAGUUUAGAGCAUCUAAACAGACGAAAUGCAAUACAUCUACCCCUGGGACUGAGAUUGCUGGAAAGCAUAAGCUAAUCUUUCCAUAUGAUUUGUUCGUGAAACUAUACACUGAUGACAUGAUGAUUCUUCGUCCAUUUGGUCUUACAAAUUGUGGAAACAGCUGCUAUGCCAAUGCCGUGCUCCAGUGCUUGGCAUAUACUCGGCCACUUACUUCAUAUUUUCUUCAAGGACUCCACUCCAAAACCUGUGGAAAGAAGGACUGGUGUUUUAUUUGUGAAUUUCAGCAUCUUAUUUAUAAGGCAAGGGAAGGGAAUUCCCCACUGUCUCCAAUUGGGAUAUUAUCCAAAAUAAAUAAAAUUGGAAGUCAUCUUGGUCAUGGUAGGGAAGAAGAUGCCCAUGAAUUUUUAAGGUAUGCUGUUGAUACAAUGCAAUCUGUUUUCCUCAACAAUGCUGAUGCCACAGGUUCUUUGGCUGAAGAAACGACACUAGUAGGAAUGACCUUUGGUGGUUAUCUUCGAUCUAAGAUCAAGUGUAUGAGGUGCCUAGGAAAAUCAGAACUUUGUGAGCGGAUGAUGGACCUCACAGUAGAAAUAGAUGGCGAAAUUGGAAAUCUUGAAGAGGCUCUUUCUCAAUUUACAGCCACAGAAACAUUGGAUCGAGAUAAUAAGUAUUUUUGCAGCAGAUGUAAAUCUUAUGAGAAAGCCAGAAAGAAGUUGACAGUUCUGGAGGCACCAAAUAUUCUUACAAUCGUGCUGAAACGAUUUAAGUCUGGUAACUUUGAGAAAUUGAGCAAGUCCGUUCAGUUUCCUGAGGAGCUUGACAUGACCCCAUAUAUGAGCAGAUCAAGCGUUGUAUCUCCUCUGUACAGUCUUUAUGCUGUGGUCGUUCACUUGGAUACCAUGAAUGCUGCUUUUUCGGGUCACUAUGUGUGUUAUGUAAAGAAUACUCGGGGAGAGUGGUUCAGGAUUGAUGACAGCACAGUAGUACCCGUGGAGCUGGAGAGGGUCUUAUCAGAAGGGGCUUACAUGCUUCUUUAUGAAAGGCACUCUCCGCGCCCCCCAGCCCUACUGGGAAGCAAUAUGGUCAAUGGUGGUAAGUUUAAGAGAAGGAACUUGGAAGCAGUUCCUUCCAGCACUGGCAAAUUGAAGUCAAGAUCCAAUCCCAUAGUGAUGGAUGCUGCUGCCACACAAACUAAGUUCAGUAAAAUUGCUAAUCCAGAUAGCUCAGAUCCAUAUGAUUGGAGAGCAAACCUAACCCCCAGAUUUCGAAGAGUGGAUUCAUCAAGUGAAAAUUCAUCUAUUUUAAGUUGCUCAGAUGCAAGUUCUUCCAGCACUGUCAGCACCAAGGACUCUGGCAGUACAGAUGACUUCUCCGUAUACAUAUUUGGAAAAGAAGGAAGUGGCUUUUACAGACCAUAUGAACAGUCACCGGGUGGCGUGGCAUCAUCAUCAUCUUCUUAUUCAGACUUUGAGACAGACUCAAAUUGCGGAAAUGGUGUAUGGAGGAGGUUGCCUACCCAAGGGAGCAGUUGGGACAGCGAAAGGGAAGGGAACUCCACAAUUUUGCAUACUGACACUAAUAAACACCGAAGAAAAUCAACCAGCCAAUUUGAUAGUAGGAGUAGCAGUAGGGAAACCGAGUUCGAACAUGUUUCAUGGGCAAACCCUUUCGAUGUUAGAGCCGGUGUAUCAUUACGAAGAGUAAAUGGAGAAAGAUCAGCUCAAACAUUUUAUGAGGUUUGAGCUGAAAUGUAACUAGUCUUUAAGAUUAUUAUUAUUCUUGAUUUAUGUUGUCUUGGUAUAUAUAUUAGCAGCCUAUAGCGCCCACUACUCCAUUGUGCGGCCUGCAUUCUUUAUUUUCAACAAACAAAUCAAAUCACUAAAAUCUACCCCGUUGCCACUCCUUAGUGCAUAGAAUCAACGAGAGGGAAACGCUUUUAAUGUAAAUAAGAUAUUAUGGGAAAAUAAAUGUUAUUUUUUAUUUUGAAA